AUGAGAUUAUUGAUAUUGAAGAAAAAGAAAAAUAGUUUAUCAGAAAAAGAAGUUGAAAACAAGAGUACAUCCAAGGAAACGAGUGUAUCGAAUGGUCCGAAAGCGUGUUUGACAAAUUCCGUAUCGGAACUACCCUCUAUAAAGGAAGAGCACUUGAAUAAAGAGCAGCAACCUGCAAAGGAAGAGCAUCUCAAUGGAAAACAACAGCCAAUCAAGAAGGAACAAAUCAUAGAAAAAACACAUUCAACAAAUGCAGAGAAACUACCCAAUCCAGAGACCAAUCGUCCUGUAUCAAAGCCCUCUACUACUACUACUACUACUACUACGCGUCCCAAACGGGCACCCAAGGUUCAUCUCGUCGAUGAGUCGCUUCUAACCACAAAAUACGCUCCUCGUUCUCUCGAAGACAUCGUGGGCAAUCAAAACAACAUUCGAAACUUGUACAACUGGCUUUUACAAUGGGAUACAAACCAUUCCAGCACCUCCACGUCCGACACGAAACGAUCAAGAGACAGCAGUCGAGCCGUGCUGAUUUCCGGUCCUCCUGGCAUUGGAAAAACGACUUGCGUUGAAGUGUGUUGCCGACAGGCUGGGUACGAACUCAUCCAACUCAACGCAAGCGACAAACGAAACAUGUCGUUCGUUCGCGACACUCUUAAAGACAGCACUUCGAUUAUACCUCUCUCUUUUGAGAAAAAGCGAAUUCGAAAAGCGAUCUUGAUGGAUGAAGUCGAUGGAAUGAGUUCAGGAGAUCGUGGAGGGAUUCAAGAAUUAAUCCGAAUUAUCAAAAUCACGCAGAUUCCCAUAAUUUGUAUUUGCAAUGACGAUGCGAGCGCGAAAGUCCGUUCUCUGAGUUCCUAUUGCUACUCGCUUCGCUUUGAAAAGCCUCUCCCAAUGCAGAUGCUUCCUCGCGUUCGCUUCAUUUGCCACAACGAGCGAAUUCAAAUCAGCGAUGAUUCCAUUCUUUCGCUCGUCACUUCGAUCGGUGGAGACUUCCGACAAAUCCUCAAUCACCUCCAACUCGUCUCGUUGUCUCGCUCUCCGAUCCAUUCCGCCGCUUCCUCGCUCUCUUUAAAGGACAAAUCGAUCGGUUUGGUGGCUUCUGAAGCUUCAAAACUGAUGCUUUCGAACUCGAGAAUGUCGAUUCAGGAUCGAUACGAUUUGUUUUUCAUCGAUUACGAAAUGGUUCCGUUGUUGAUUCAACAGAACUAUGUGUCCAGCGCAUUGUCCAAUCAAUCGCAAGGGAACAAACUCCAGCAGUUAGCAGACGCUGCAGAUUCGGUCUGCGAUAUGGAAAUGAUGCGAGACACGAUGCUGAAAACAAAUGCAAGGAAAUUGGCUGGUUGUUUGAUCUCUAGAAUUGGUCGUUGCUUCCUUCCUUCGCAAUGCUGACCGUUCGAACCUGCUCGAAAUCGAUGGGCUAUUGCAACUACAUGGCAUUUCCGGAAGUCCUGGGAAAGACUUCAACUAUUCGAAAGAAUCAGCGACUCCUUUCCGAGCUGAAUUGCCGGCUGUCGCUGAGCGCUUCGCUGGGGAGAACGGCGCUUUCGAUGGAUCUUCUGUUUGUUUUGUACCGCUCGUUGCUGAAUUUGCUGAAGAAAAACGAUGUGGAGAUGCUUUUAAGUCGGUGUGAUUUUGCAGAUCGCCGGAUGCAUUCAGAUGCUGGACGAGUACGGAAUUACGCGCGAUGAUUUCGUGGUGGUGAUGAGCGGAAUUGUGGAGCAGCAGAAAGGCGAGUGGAGCAGUCUCUCGAAGGAGAAAAGCGCGUUGACUCGGAUGUACAAUAAAACGGUGCAUCGAAGUGCCAAUCAAUACGCGGACGACGAUUCGCUUUUCCACCGAGUCGUGAAGGGGAAGCGAGGCAAAGGAUCUCAGUCGCAAUCCCAAUCGAGAUCCCAGUCACAAUCCUCAUCCAGAUCCCAGUCACAAUCUCUAUCAAGAUCCCAAUCGCAAUCUCUAUCCAGAUCCCAGUCGCAAUCUCUCUCUCUCUCGCAAUCCCAGUUGUUUACACAAAGCGAUCUCAAUGCGGUGGACGAUUUUUCGGACGAAGAGGACUUCGAGCUUCCUUU